UGCAUUGUUUAUUUGUCGGUAUUAGGAAAAUCAUUUCACUGUUUUUAUGUUUGGAUAAUAAAGGGAGGCCAAACAGCAAUGUCCUUACGGCGAGUAUGUAGUUCAAUAAUUUUAAGGCGUCAGUAUUGUGCCAACAAACCCAAAGAAUGGCGAACCAACAACGACAUAACCAUGACCGCCCUGAGACCAAAGAAAGCCAAGUCUGAGCAUGUGUAUCAGCAUCAACAUUUUUCAGAUGUAAAAAUGAUACGUACUGUUGGAGGGAAAGGCGGCGAUGGGUGCGUUUCAUUUCUCCAAUUGUGGUGCAAUGAGAGAGCCGGUCCUGAUGGUGGUGAUGGCGGCAAUGGUGGUCACAUAAUGUUUGAGGCUUCCAGCAAUAUAUCUAAUCUAUAUCACAUCUCGAAUAACAUUCGAGGCGAUGAAGGUCAGAGUGGAACGUCCCAAAAUUGCCAUGGAAAGAAUGCUAAACAUACUGUGGUAAAAGUACCUAUUGGAACAAUAAUUCGCAAUCAGAAUGGCGUUAUAAUUGGUGAUUUAAGUCGUGAAGGCAUGAUGUUUAUUGCGGCCAGAGGUGGCGCGGGAGGAAAGGGCAACACUUUUUUCACAACAGACAAGGAAAAUGCCCCGAAAGUAUGUGAACAUGGUCCCCCUGGAGAAGAUUGCAGUUAUAUUUUGGAAAUGCGUUGUAUUGCUGAUAUUGGUAUCAUUGGUUUCCCCAAUGCUGGAAAGAGCACCCUAUUGAAUGCCAUAAGCAGAGCACGGCCGAAGGUGGCUCCGUAUGCCUUCACAACUCUAAGGCCUAACAUUGGUAUGAUACAGUAUGCUGAUAGUUUCCAAUUGGCAGUGGCAGAUCUUCCCGGCAUAAUACCUGAUGCUCAUCGCAACAAAGGUUUGGGUCUACAAUUUCUCAAGCAUGCUGAACAUUGUUCGGCUUUAAUGUUCCUCUUGGAUGUUAGUUCACCUGAACCAUGGCUGCAGUAUGACACUCUGCUAUAUGAAAUGAACAAAUUUAGUGAAAAAUUAGCAAAUUAUCCAAGAAUAAUUGUUGCCAACAAGAUCGAUAUGCCAGAAUCGAAGGAAAAUUUAAUGGAACUAAGAGAACGUGUUGGUAUGGCUGUUAUUGGAAUAAGUGCCAAGGUAGGCACCAACCUGAAAGAGCUGCUGAAAGAAAUGAGAAAAGUACAUUUAAAACAAAAACAAGAAGAAUGUUAAAUAAAUUUAAUUUUAAUGUU